AUGGCCGCGGGGCUGCUGGGGCUCUGCAACUGGAGCACGCUGGGCGUGUGCGCCGCGCUCAAGCUGCCGCAGAUCUCCGCCCUGCUGGCGGCGCGCAGCGCGCGGGGCCUCAGCCUCCCGAGCCUGCUGCUGGAGCUGGCGGGGUUCCUGGUGUUUCUCCGGUACCAGUGUUACUACGAGUACCCACUGAUGACCUACCUGGAGUACCCCAUUCUCAUCGCGCAAGAUGUUAUCCUCCUGCUCUGCGUGUUCCAUUUCAGUGGCAACGUGUACCGGGCGGCACCCUACAUCGCCCUAUUUGUGGCAUCUUGGUUCGUCCUCACCCUGCAGAAGUGGAUCAUGGACCUGGCCAUGAAUCUGUGCACCCUCAUCAGUGCGGCCAGCAAGCUGGCCCAGCUGCAGUGCCUGUGGAAGACCCGGGACUCGGGGGCGGUGAGCGCUCUGACCUGGGGCCUGGCGGCCUACACCUGUGCCGCAAGAAUAAUAACCACCUUGAUGACCACCAAUGAUCUUACAAUCCUUACACGUUUUGUGAUCAUGCUGGCUUUAAAUCUGUGGGUGACAGCAACGGUGCUUCGCUACCGGAAGACGGCUGUCAAGGCUGAAUGAGGGUGCGUGAUUCUUACACACCCCGUGGAUUUCGAGGAGCUGAACCAAAGGACAGAAGAGCUCAAUGCUAAAUCAAGGUCUUUUACCAAUUUAGUCAGUCAUUUCCAAAACUUUGAAGCCAAAGGUAUUUUAGACUUUAGACUUGAAAAAGCUGUUUAAAAAUGACCCCCCCUCCCAAUUUAUUAGGUUAAGUUAGGACUCAGAUACCUGCAGUGUUGAGGUUGGUGAUUGAUGGAAAUCAUCCGAGAACCCAUUGAGAUCACUCUGACUCUUAAAAAUCAUGAUUAAAUUCUCUCCAAAGUGCUGACUGUAUUUUUCAGCUUUCAGAAUCAUGAGCAAGGAGUGAGAUUUUGCUUAGAAGUAGAAUUGUAAUAAAUUACUAGGGUUCACUCUCUGAGACUAAUGUAUAAUUGUAACAGAUAUAACAGGAUGGCCUUAUUGUAUCAUAAUACAGUGUAAUACCUCUUUAGUUAUAGCAAGUCUAUCAGGGCAAGCAAAAAUGUAACCGGCUUGAGUUCAUAUACCAAAGUAGUCCUUUAACUCUAUACUGUGCCUUUAAGCAAUUCCUAACAAAAUAUAUCAUUAGAGUCUGGCUGGUGUGGCUCACUGGUUGAGUGUUGACCCAUGCACCAGGAGGCUGCCGGUUCGAUUCCUGAUCAGGGCACAAUCCCAAGUGAGGGGCAUGCAGGAGGUGGCCAGUCGAUGUUCUCUCUCAUCAGUGUUUCUCUCUCCUUCUCCCUCUCUAAAAUCAAUCAAAAAAAUUUUUCAAGAGAUAUUAGAUGCAAUUUCUAUGAUGAAGCAAUUCAUUCUGAUCAAGCAAGUGCUGCCAUUUUUAAAAAGGGCUGCAUCCAUAAAAUUAACUGUUAUUAGAAUUUGGUACAAAAUACAGCUUACCUCCACCAGAUUUUGGUAUUGAAAAUAUAUGUAGUAAAGGGUAUUGCUGGGUUCUACCAAGUUCUUAUGGAUUUUAUUCUCAUAUGCUAAACAUGACACAAUUAUUGUACUUGAUAUUUGUCUAUAAAAGUUCAUAAACCAUAACAUUUAAAAACUCAUUUCCCCUUAUAAUCAAGUGGUAUUAUUCUGGUGUAUACCUAUGCAGUAAGUAAAUGAUGUUUUAUUAGAAGAUGUUUGGGUUUC